CGCCUCCCGAUCCUCCCUGCCUUGAGCUAGCCGAGCCUGAGUCGGGACCAAACACGCCGCCCGAGACCCACACAAAGCCCGGGGGGUCCACGCUGGCGCUCGUGGCGAGCCGUGAGCGAGCCCGGGGCACAGAGGGACCUGGGGCACGGGGCUGCUGCUAGCGGGACGUGCGACAGGGCGCGGGCUACGAUCGCCACCCCCACGCCGGGGCCCGGGACAUCUCGGGCCCUUCGGGGCCGCAGAGGGCGGCAGGGACCAAGAUGAGGAGAGUGCCCUGAGCCCGGCAACUUCGGCCCCUCCCCGCCCCCACCCGGCUGCCCUCGGCGCGUCCCUCUCCAUGUGCAGCCGGUCGGCCAGGCGCUCCGGCUGGCGGCGGAUGGGUGACCUCUUCCUGGCCCGGGCGGGCUGUGCGAGGCGGCGGAGCCGGCGAUGAAGAAGAAGCAGCAACAGCAGCAGCAGCAGCAGCAUCCCAGCGGCGGCGAGGAUCCCUGGCCCCAUGGGGUCCCUGUGGGGGGCGCCCCUCCGUGCCUGGGCGGCUGCAAGCGCCGGAUCCCGCUGCUGCCUUUCUUACGCUUCUCCCUCCGGGACUACGGUUUCUGCAUGGCCACCCUGCUGGUCUUCUGCCUAGGCUCCCUCUUCUACCAGCUCAGCGGGGGACCCCCUCGCUUCCUGCUCGACCUGCGGCAGUAUCUGGGAAAUUCCACUUAUUUGGAUGACCAUGGACCACCUCCUAGUAAGGUCCUUCCUUUCCCCAGCCAGGUGGUAUACAACAGAGUCGGCAAGUGUGGCAGCCGCACCGUGGUCCUGCUUCUGAGAAUCUUGUCAGAGAAGCACGGGUUUAAUUUGGUCACGUCAGACAUUCACAACAAAACCAGGCUUACUAAAAAUGAACAAAUGGAACUGAUUAAGAAUAUCAGCACCGCCGAACAGCCCUAUUUAUUCACGAGACAUGUUCACUUCCUCAACUUCUCCAGGUUUGGAGGAGACCAGCCCGUCUACAUCAACAUCAUUAGAGACCCCGUCAGUAGGUUUCUGUCAAACUAUUUUUUCCGUCGCUUUGGAGACUGGAGAGGGGAGCAGAAUCACAUGAUCCGCACCCCCAGCAUGAGGCAGGAGGAGCGUUACCUGGACAUCAAUGAGUGCAUUCUGGAAAACUACCCUGAGUGUUCCAACCCCCGGUUAUUUUACAUCAUUCCGUAUUUCUGUGGACAGCACCCCAGGUGUAGGGAGCCUGGCGAGUGGGCGCUGGAGCGAGCCAAGCUGAACGUGAAUGAGAACUUCCUGCUCGUGGGGAUUCUGGAGGAGUUGGAGGACGUGCUGCUUUUACUGGAAAGAUUCUUACCUCAUUACUUCAAGGGCGUGCUCAGCAUCUACAAGGACCCAGAGCAUAGGAAACUUGGCAACAUGACUGUGACCGUGAAGAAGACUGUCCCCUCGCCCGAGGCCCUGCAGAUCCUCUACCAGAGAAUGAGGUACGAGUACGAGUUCUACCACUACGUCAAAGAGCAGUUCCACCUGCUGAAGCGCAAGCUGGGACUGAAAUCCCGGACCAGACCUCCUCUGCGGCCACAGUUCUUCAUUCCCACCCCUCUGGAGACCGAGGAGCCAAUCGACGACGAGGAACAAGAUGACGAGAAGUGGCUGGAAGACAUCUAUAAGAGGUGAUACCAGCGUGACGUCGCCACCACGGCUGUGUGCCCCACUUCCCAGAAAGUUCUUUGGGGAAGAAAACAUCUGAAGGGACUUUAGUUAAUGCUCGGGUGCAUUAAAAAGAACAAAACAUUCCCACAUGUUGGGGUCAUUGGGAGAUGCCCGGUUUUGCGGGUUUUAUUUGUUUAAUUUUAUUCUGUUGUUUUUUUUUUCUCUUGCCUCCUUGAGUCUUUCCAGAUACACUAGAUUGGUCCAGCACAAGGCACCUCGUCAUAAAACACCCUUCCCCACCCCUUACAGUGAGAGAAGAGGGAGAAAUGUGUCCUCCAGCCCAAUCAUUUUUAUCAUUUUAUCAUAAGGUGUCUCUAAAAAUAUUACUUCCACGGUAGAUAUCCAUCCAGAUUUGUAUCUUGCAGUAGAAACAACCAUUUCAGAGAGAGGGGGGGGGUCUAGAAGCAUCUGGUAGUAGAAAGGGGACCGAUAGGAACACAAGGGAGGGUCCCCUGGUUAUGGAGGGUAGGACGCAGCCUCUGGUCUAUCUCAGGGGACGCUGUCACCAAGAACAGAGUACUUGUCGCUGAGAACGUAAGACAGCUCUGGCACUCACCCAAUCAGAGCCGGGGAAACUUGUCAAGAUGAAAGCGCACGCAUGGUAAGCUCCACCGAGACAUUCCAUUUUCAAGUGUCACAUUCUGUUUGGAAGGAGCGUAACGAGGAAUGGCGUUUGCCUGUUAUGUCAAGUGUGGGCGGGGCAGAUCAAAUAUGAGGGCCGUGUGGCAUCAGGAGAAGGCCGUGGCCAUCUGAAUCCUCUCUGCCUCCUGGGUGGUUCCAAGUGGAAGCACCAGACACUGAUUUACCUUUGGCCUUGAUAUUUAUGCCAGGAAUCCUAAGCGUGGCUGUCCACCAGGCACAGUUCUCCCAAGCACACUCACAGCCAAAUUGUGCUUUACAGAAUUUGGUCUCUUUCAUAACUUCUAGACCUGCAAGAGCUGCUGUGAUUCAGUAACAAAGGGCCCUCCCUAAGUCCUGUGUAAACAGCAGUUGAAUCGUAUUUUACAGAACCUGCUUGCUCCCGAUAAUCUUUCCCAGGGAUAUCAAUGCCAGAAACAGCUAGACUUCUGGACAGAGCACUGCUCGGCCAGCGUUUGAGUACGUUGGCAACCCCUUGUGACCUGAGUAGACACUGGGCAAGCCUUUUGCACCCAAAUAUGCCUUCCACUUCUUCCCUCCCGCCAAUUCCCCACCACCCAUGAUUCUUCCAUUCCUUGAAUGGUGUCUGCCUUUUAAAAAGUCCUGAAAAGUGCAUAUUCUCUCUGUUGGGUGUUGUGCAACUCGCUGAGAGCCAGAGUGUGGUGGUGGCAGCAGGCAGGACACCAGUGACAACUUGUAUCUGCCUCAGGUUUACCCCAGAGCUGGCCCUUGAAUAACACUAGCCAAGUAAGCUAGUUUAUACAGGACUCUGACUUGACACAAGCCACGCGUUUUCUGCUUCGCAGAGACCAUCAAGUCUCUCUAGCAUUUUUCCCCUUCCUUCUCUAAAACUCGACAGGAGCCAAAGUCUAAAGCCAGUCAUUUUGAAAACAGUCCAGUGCAUACAUACUGAAGCUACUUCAUCAUGAAAUGCAUUAAGAAGGCUCCAGCCCACGGGCACCCAGGGAAGGGCAGGAAUCACAGAGACGGAAGUCCAGUACUGGCCACUCAUGAGCCUCCUUUCUGCCUCAGAGAACUGGGACAGGAAGUGAAUAACAGAACUGUUCACAGAAGGGGAAAUAGCCUUUAUGCUGUUCAGAGAGACCUGAGCCUUCCCAUUAAUCAGACUUUGCAGAGCAAUCUAGAAAACAGCCACCAUUCUCCAGACUAGUAGAAGAAGAGCAGCAAGUCAUGUCCAUGACAUUACAUAUAGAGUGUUGGUGAGCUUACACACCCAGUGUGCAGUCUCACAGUCUGAAGAUGAAGUUGUAUUGGCUUGUUUUUCCCUGCUCUUGUUAAGACACCGGGACAGCUGAUCGCUCAUAAAUCUGGUCCCCUUCUUCCUAGAAGUUUGCACAGCACUUGCUGUGUGCUCCAAGGCAUUGAUUCCCACCCGUGGUCACUGUCACUUCUCAGGAGAGGGGGCUAUUAUUACUUGCAGGACCCUCGUGGUGUCUUCUCCCAGCACACAGCCCACCCCUAGACCCCAAAAGUCAAGGUACUUCAUCAGCUCACCUGGGCCUUGGCCCCACAUAGUUUGUAUUUCAUGAAAUAUAUUGUACAUUUUACAUAGUUUAAUUUAAAAAAGAAAAUACAUUUUAAGCUAGUUUGGUCCUUGCCUUAUUUAUUAUAACCUUUCAGCACAUUCCAAGGUUUUAGUUACUCAGGAAGGAGUUAAUUAAAAUGAUUUUAUUUUGGUCAGAUGGAUGUUUUUUAAAAGGAAAAUUAUUCUUAUGAACCCUCAGCUGACUUCCUUGAAUGCUGUAAAAGUGCUUGUAAUUCUUUUUUUUUUUUUAAGGAUUAAAAAAUGGUGUUUGACAUUGAUGGGAAUUUGAAAAUAUAUAUGGAACUAAAGCAUUAGCUUAGCUUAAACAAAAACCAAUCUGUGUUUGAAGUGAAGUGUUCCUUAACUUAUUCAUUACCCAUAGAAAUAAAUGAAUAUAAAUAAGUUGACCUUUUUCUGUUAUUUUGGUAGUUGGAAAUUAAAGACUUCCCUCUUUCCUCAA